UACGCUCGCGAAUCGCGAUACCGAGUAGAAUUAGUUUUGUUGGAGGGAAAACGCAAAUAUAUUUUAAAAAGAUUUUAGUAAUUUAAUUGCCUUAAAUAAAUCUGCCGCCAGAGUUCUGAGACAAAUACGUAUUGUGAUAAGAGCAGCGUCUUGGUUCCAGCCACCCAAAACAGAGAGCGUGCGGCGUAUUGCAAGUAUCGAAAUUCGAUAGCCCCGCAAACGGCACUGGUCUCCUCUUUUCGAAGUGCGUCUCAUAAAAAGGGAAAUUGAAUGGAAACUCGCUUGUAAAAUUACAGAAAGCACCCGAAAUGUCCUGCUGGUACUUGGAGCACCUAAGUACGCAGGAGCGGGUGAUCCUGCCAAAUGGCAAGAGCACAAUUGGCCGCCACUCGGCCUGCAGGAUUGUCCUGAAUUAUGCAUUCAUGUCCAGGGAGCAUGUGGAGAUGUCGGUUAACGCGGAUGCAGUCCUGGUCAAGUGUCUGAACGCCCCGAAUGGUGUUUUUGUGAAUGAUGCGGAAAUCCAGAAAAAGCCUGAUGGCGUGCCUGUGCGCGAAGGAGAUUUAAUCAGUCUGGGCUGCCCCCUGCCCAAGAAGAAGUGCUCCAAAAAAUGGGCCGUCUUCAGUUUGAAAAAAGUGUCUGUCCAGACCGAAGAAAUUGUGCUGUCCAGCGAUUCGGAGGAUGAACUGCUCCCUCGACCGCCGCUAAACUCAGCUCUUGAGUGCAAGGUAGAACCUGUUGAGAAUACUGCAAAUAUUCCUAGCGAGGCAACUACUGCCGACAAAGAAACUGAUAAGGAGGGUCCUACUACAUCCAAAGCCGGUACACAUCCGAUCCUGCACCUUCCAAAGGUUCCACAAGUAAAGGCGGAGUGGGUGAGGACGGCCCAAGACAUAACGAGCAUCUUUGGUGAGGCGGAUGAGGCCAUUCUCGGCAGUGUGCUGAGCAUUAAUCCGUAUUUAUACAAUCACUUGCCGAAAGAGAAGCAAGCAGUGCCAGUCGCAAAUCUGCACGAUGGUCAAUUCAUUGAGCUGGAAGAGAACGAGGAUAACAACAAGGCAAAGGAUCCGCCCUGUCAGCAAGCGAACGAGACAGCCGGCAGCAUGCUGCCUCCUCGUACGCCUCCGCCGUUGUUGGGGCAAGCCGUUGACGACUAUGAUGAGGACAUGGCCAUGUCCCAGGCGGUUCUGCAAGAGAUGAAAGACGAGAUGGCAUUCAGCGAUGGCGAGGAGAACUUUUUCGAGUCGACCAACAAUGAGUGCAGCCACCGCAGCUCAUCCUUGUCUCCAUUGAAUGAUGAAGACGACGUCAUUGUGAUCACCGACAGCGACGAUGACGAUCUCUGCAGCAAGGUGGCCGACUGGUCCAACAAGCUGCUCAGCCAGAAAGCACCCGACGCUCUGUCACAGUCCUAUCCCUUGGCCGAAACUGAUGCGGAGGAAGAUUUUCAAUCUCAAAUGCAGUUCCGCAUUCUGCCGAAAGCGCUUCGCAUGCUGGACUCCAGCGAUGAUGAAGAGGAUGUGCCUUCCUCGCGCCUCUUUCCCAAAUACUCCAAGCCACUGCGCAUUGAUUCCAGCUCGGAUGAGGAAGACUCGUUCACGCUCAACAUCCACAAGGCGGACAAAGCAGCCGCAGCCUUAAAGCCAUCUCUCAAUCGCUCAAAGUCCGUUGACACCACCGAAGAUGAGUGCCAAUUGUUUACGCGGCGCCCACGAAAGGAUCCGGCAGUCAUCAUUCCCGAGACGGAGCUCAACUCAGAAGAUGAUUGGGAUGAUUGGGACUUCGCCCAGAGAAAAUAG